AUGGGUUAUUCAUCAUCAGCAUUUAGGUUAUGUUUGUUCGUCUUCUUCACAUUUGCUUUGGUCUCUUCUGCUCGCCUCAAUCUUGUCUUUCCCGUACUUGAUGUUUGUCAACCACAUUUAUUGGCUGGUGAUGUGGUGGUAUUCACAUGA